AAAAUGGAAUAGGACGUUUCUUGCACGCGAUUACCAAGAGUCGCGUCUUAUAAACGACGACCGCUGUAUCCUCCCCACUUCAACGGCGUAUUAUUAAACUUCCUUCCUCCUGCGUCUUCCUCGCUCUCUCCAUCACACUGCUAUUCAUUUUAUUCUUCAGAAAAACGAACAAAUGGAUUCUUUUUCUUCUUCGUUCAACUCCUUCUUGAAUCACUUCCGCGCUUCUGCCAAUUCGUUCCUUUCACAAUUCGAGCCUCUGGCUCUGCUUCUCGCCCCUCUCCUCACUCUCCUCGUCGCGCGUUUUCUUCAGUCGUUUCUUUCCGUUAUUCACGAGAAAGGACUCAAAGCUACGUUCCUGGGUUUUUUCAUGAGCUCCAUCAAGUUGAUUCCUGGUGUUAAGAGUUAUGUUGAUGCCGAGAAGCAGAAGGUUGUGGAUAAGUUACAUUCUGGCAGCAAAUCCAUUAGAGAAAACUGGAGGACCGACUUGCCAACCACAGGUUUAGGAGUAGGUGUUAUAGAUGAAAUGAAAGAUGAAAAGAGCAAGGAUGUUGAUUGGCAAGGAAAAUGCUCUGGUACAGUCUACAUUGGUGGAAGUGAAUCUGAAGGGCAUUUUUCUUUGAUCAAUGAGGCAUGUUCAAUGUUUGCACAUACCAAUCCAUUACAUUUGGAUGUGUUCAAGAGUGUGGCACGAUUUGAGGCUGAAGUGGUUGCUAUGACGGCUGCUCUACUUGGCAGUAAAGAGAAGGCUUCUGGAGGACAAGUUUGUGGAAACAUGACAUCAGGAGGAACUGAGAGCAUACUGUUAGCAGUAAAAACAUCUCGAGAUUAUAUGAAGAUGAAGAAGGGAAUUACAAAGCCAGAAAUGAUUAUAGCUGAAUCUGCACAUUCAGCGUAUGACAAGGCAGCACAAUACUUUAACAUCAAGCUGCGUCGUGUUCCUGUUGAUAAGGAAUUUCAAGCAGAUGUGAAAGCAAUCAGGCAACAUAUUAACAGAAAUACAAUCUUGAUUGUUGGAUCUGCACCUGGGUUUCCUCAUGGCAUCAUUGACCCUAUUGAGGAGCUUGGUAAAUUGGCUUAUAGCUAUGGAGUUUGUUUCCAUGUUGACCUCUGUCUUGGUGGCUUUGUAUUGCCUUUUGCUCAUAAACUUGGGUACCCAAUUCCAUCUUUUGAUUUCACUGUUAUGGGAGUAACCUCAAUUUCUGUGGAUGUGCAUAAAUAUGGGCUGGCUCCUAAAGGAACAAGUGUAGUUCUGUAUAGAGAUCAUGAUAUUAGAAAGCAUCAAUUUGUUGCUGUUACUGAGUGGUCGGGAGGGCUUUAUGUGUCUCCAACCAUAGCAGGAAGCAGGCCUGGAGGAUUGAUUGCAGGAGCUUGGGCUGCAAUGAUGUCUCUGGGACAAGAAGGUUAUUUGGAGAAUACAAGAAAUAUCAUGGAAGCAUCAAAGAUGAUACAGAAUGGGAUAAAAGAGAUUCCCGAGUUGUUUAUAAUUGGAAGGCCAGACAUGACAAUUGUGGCAUUUGGUUCUGCUGUUCUGGACAUAUUUGAGGUAAAUGAUAUCAUGUCUUGCAAAGGGUGGCAUUUGAAUGCAUUGCAGAGACCCAACAGCAUUCAUAUCUGCAUCACUCUUCAACAUGUGCCAGUUGUUGAUUUCUUCAUCCAGGACCUGAGUGAAGCUGUACAAACCGUGAAAGAAAAUCCCGGGCCUAUAAGCGGAGGUUUAGCGCCCAUAUACGGGGCAGCAGGAAGGAUGCCGGAUAGAGGCAUGGUCGAAGAAUUGUUGGUAAAUUACAUGGACGGUACAUGCUAGUACAUGCUAUUGCCAUCGCCCUUCAUCAGCUCUGAUUGUUUUGCUUCUUCACAUGCUAUUAGUUUGUAUAAGAAUUGUGGUUAAUUUAUGAUGGAAAUAAAUGCUCAUUUGAGUGAUGUUCCUUAUGGUUCUAUAUAUCUCAUUCACUGAAUUGAUUCCCUUUUCAAUAAUUACUUUUAUUAAAGA